GAAAGCAUAAGACCUGUACUGCCAGGAUGAAGCCGUUGAUCCUUUUCAUGUUUUGCAUUUGGCUGGCCAGUGGAUUUCACAGAGUUCCCCUGAGAAGACAUAAAUCUUUGAGGAAGACUUUGAGGGAACGUGGGCAACUGUCUCAGUUCUGGAAGGCCCACAAGUUGGAUAUGAUCCAGUAUACCCAGGACUGCUCGGCUAUCCAGGAAGCCAACGAGCCACUCCUCAACUAUUUUGAUGUAGAAUAUUUUGGACGGAUCUCCAUCGGGAAUCCUCCUCAGAAUUUCACUGUGCUCUUUGACACAGGCUCCUCCAACCUCUGGGUGCCAUCCGUUUACUGUGUCAGCAAAGCUUGCGCUACACACUCCAGGUAUCAGCCAUCACAAUCCAGCACCUACAGCGAAGUGGGGACUGCUUUUUCCAUUCAAUAUGGCACAGGUAGCUUGACGGGAAUAAUUGGAAUGGAUCAAGUGACUGUUGAAGGAAUCACUGUAGCCAAUCAGCAGUUUGCAGAGAGUGUCAAUGAGCCUGGCAGCACCUUUCUGGAUUCAGAAUUUGAUGGGAUCCUUGGUCUGGCCUACCCAUCCCUGGCGGUGGAUGGAGUCACCCCCGUCUUUGAUAAUAUGAUGGCUCAAAACUUGGUGAACUUGCCAAUAUUCUCUGUUUACCUGAACAGGAACCCAGAUUCUUCUAUAGGAGGGGAACUGAUCUUUGGUGGCUUUGAUCCUUCCCAUUUUAGUGGAAGCCUCAACUGGAUUCCAGUCACUAAACAGGGAUACUGGCAGAUUCUACUGGAUAAUAUCCAGGUGGGUGGAGCAAUUGAAUUUUGUGCAGAAGGAUGCCAAGCUAUAGUGGACACAGGGACUUCUCUCAUCACAGGUCCUUCUAAAGAUAUAAAGCGAAUGCAGACAUUAAUUGGAGCAGUACCUAUGGAUGGGGAGUAUGCCAUGGAAUGCAGCAACCUGAACGUAAUGCCUACCGUUACUUUCACAAUCAAUGGGAUCCCUUACACUCUUUCCCCAGAGGCCUACACCCUCCAGGAGAAUAGCGAUGGGAUGGGACUCUGCACCAGCGGAUUCCAGGGCUUAGACAUGCAACCCCCAGCUGGACCGCUCUGGAUUCUGGGCGAUGUUUUCAUUGGCCAAUACUACUCUGUCUUUGACCGUGGAAAUAACAGAGUGGGGUUGGCUCCUGCUGUCCUGUAAGACGCUUUGGAAGUAUGGGAGUCAACGCACCAGGCUCUAUUAUGUCACUUGAAGGUUUUCUUUUCUAUUUUUGAACAAACACUUUGAUCAAUACUAGAUUCAGAUUCUAGUGUCACAAUCACUGAUUGACCUGUUCGCAUGAGAUUCCCGUUCCCUUCCUUCUCAUGCAACAAAGAGAAAAUGAGACUGUGCCCUUAAUUACUUAAAUUGGCAUGCCUUUUUGCUUUGCUGUUGUUCUUUGGAUUUGUUACUGUAAAAGAAAAUGUGGAGGUAGGUAGUUAAUUUUUAACUGGCAGCAUUGUGUUCAUUACAUUGUAAGUUUUUGAACUGUUCAUAUCACUUUUUUCAAUAUUUCAAAAGGCACCUUAUAGUAAAGUUUUCACAAUAUGCAACUGUUUUUAAAUUUAUACAGAUAAACAAAAGACAGGGGAUUUAUUAACAAUUCUUUAAUCAACGGAGUCCCCUUAUAAAGUGCUUUCUGUCUUCCUGAAAUAAUACUUGGUUCCUGCAAUGCUGAUGUUAUCUAGGUGUUUUUCUGGAAAGGAAGAAUAAUACAGGGCUAGAUGAAGUAUCACAAUUCAACACCUAAUUUAAAUUGGUUGCAUUCACUGUAGCACUAAGGAGAACAUUCCAUAAGUUCAAAGAUUUCUUCUUGGGCAGUGGAAUGUUCUCUCCCUCUUCUCCCUCUUAAUCUGCACCUUCUAAAUUUAUUUUGGGAAUUCCCCCAAUUCCCCCAAAGCAGAUUUGGGGGUGGUGUGUUCUGGGCUGAAGGGGAAGAAGAUGGGGCAAAGUCCUGCUGUGCUAGCACUAAUAUUUGCACUGCUGGAAAAAAUGUAGUUGAAUACCAACAGAUGGUUUUAAUUUUGCUACAUGGCAAGGAACAACUGGUCAACAUCAGUGUUUCUAACUUGGACUUUUGAGAAAUACUUUGGCUUCUAUAAACAUUUUAUUUACAUACAUACAUACAUAC